AAAGGCUUGGAGUGGGGCUGCUAAGGCGAACGGAUUGCUUCCGGUGAGAGGUCCCGGGCGGAGGAGGAAGCUGUGGCUGCCGGCGGUGGGACGCCCCGGCCGCUCAGCCCCCCGGGCACUGCUGUGGGGCGUUCAGGUAACAGGGGCGGGGCUGUGCCGAGCGUGAGGGGUCAAGGCCCCGCCUCACCUCUCAGAGCCACGUCGGGCGCUGGGGAGCGUACAGCACCACCCUUUCCGCAGCUCGGCACUCAAGGCCUGACCCCGGUCGUCGGUUUGUCCCCGCUCAUUCAGGAUAGGGCUCAUAGUGCUAUUAAUACAUCAAGCCCCCCUCCUCACUCCAGUGAUCUGCCCUCAAUCCGUCUCUACCACUGUCCCACGGAUAGUAAUGGUAGUGAGUUCCUGGAAUGACUCAAGCUGAGCUGAAUGACUUUGGAGAAGCUCCAGAAAUCAGAGAUUGGAUUGUCCUUCCCGUCGAUGUCACAGAUUGUCCACAUUUGUACAAGUUCCUAUACGACCUUUCACUAUGUUGCAAAUACAUUUCUAAUCUGCCUACAUCUUUCCAUCUAUCGCUGUCACCAUCCUCCGCCUAGCCACCAUCAUUUGUCUGGACUGAUGCAGUUCUGCCCACUCUAUUCUUGUCCUUCAACAGUCUAUUCUCCACAAAGCAGCCAGAUUGAUCUGUUUGCACUUUUUCCACACUUGGGGCAAAACAAGCUGAGAGAAGGCACGGAGACAGACCUGUCAGUUGUGGCCCAGCCCUCAUUCCCGGGAAAUGGCAAACAAAGGCAACAAGAAACGUCGGCAGUUCUCCCUGGAGGAGAAAAUGAAAGUUGUAGAAGCUGUAGACUCAGGCAAGAGGAAAGGUGACGUGGCAAAAGAGUUUGGUAUCACUCCUUCCACUUUGUCUACAUUCUUAAAGGAUCGUGCCAAGUUUGAAGAAAAGGUUCGGGAGGCAUCCGUGGGACCCCAGCGGAAAAGGAUGAGGAAUGCUCUCUAUGAUGACAUUGAUAAGGCUGUUUUUGCUUGGUUUCAAGAAAUCCAUGCCAAAAACAUUCUUGUGACUGGUUCUAUCAUUCGGAAGAAAGCACUAAACUUGGCCAGUAUGCUUGGCUAUGACAAUUUUCAAGCAAGUGUGGGCUGGUUGAACAGAUUUAGAGAUCGCCACGGAAUUGCUUUGAAAGCAGUCUGUAGAGAGGAUAGUGACAGGUUAAUGAAUGGUCUAGGAAUAGAUAAGGUUAAUGAGUGGCAUGCAGGGGAAAUUAUAAAACUGAUUGCUGACUACAGCCCAGAUGAUAUCUUUAAUGCUGAUGAGACAGGAGUGUUUUUCCAGUUGCUUCCCCAACACACACUUGCUGCUAAAGGGGACCAUUGUAGAGGGGGCAAGAAAGCAAAGCAGCGGUUGACAGCACUCUUUUGUUGCAAUGCUUCAGGGACUGAAAAAAUGAGACCAUUGAUUGUUGGUAGGUCAGCCAGCCCACGCUGCCUCAAGAACGUCCGUUCCCUCCCUUGUGACUACCGAGCCAACCAGUGGGCAUGGAUGACGAGGGAUCUGUUUAAUGAGUGGCUGAUGCAAGUGGAUGCCAGGAUGAAGCAGGCAGAACGCCGGAUCCUCCUGCUCAUCGACAACUGCUCUGCUCACAACAUGCUUCCACGCUUGGAAAGGAUUCAGGUAGGAUAUCUGCCCUCAAACUGUACUGCUGUCCUGCAGCCACUGAAUCUUGGGAUAAUUCAUACCAUAAAAGUGCUAUACAGGAGUCACCUUCUAAAACAAAUCCUCCUCAAGAUCAACAGUAGUGAGGAUCAAGAAAAGGUAGACAUCAAGCAGGCCAUCGACAUGAUUGCUGCAGCUUGGUGGUCAGUCAAGCAGUCCACGGUGGUGAGAUGUUGGCAGAAGGCAGGCAUCAUCCCUAUGGAAUUUACAGACUCUGAUGAAGAAGUAGCAGCCAGUGAACCAGACAUUGCCAUCGAAAAGUUGUGGCACACAGUGGCUAUUGCCACCUGUGUCCCAAAUGAAGUAAAUUUCCAGGACUUUGUCACUGCAGAUGAUGAUCUCAUCAUCUCCCAGGAGCUGACAGAGACAGAGAUCAUCCAGGAUAUGGUGGCUGGUGAAAAUACUGGUGAAGCUGGAAGUGAAGAUGAAGGGGCGGUAUCUUUACCAGAGCAGUCAAAAAUCACCAUCACAGAGGCCAUCUCAAGUGUACAGAAACUUAGACAGUUCCUUUCCACUUGUGUAGGUGUUCCUGAUGCCAUUUUUGGACAGCUAAAUGGCAUAGAUGAAUAUUUAAUGAAAAGAGUCACACAAACUCUUGUUGAUUCCAAAAUUACAGAUUUCCUACAAACAAAAUAAUGCAGGAAUUAACUGCCAGUUUUACUUUAGAAAAUAUAGUUCAUAAGAAUAAAGAUUACUUUAGAUA